UCUUUGUUAUUUAUCACUUGAUGUUUUUAAUGCUACAAAUCAGGAAAUGGAAUUGGAAUAUGGUGAUAAAAAAUGGAUACAAAUUGAUGUUCAGAAUACCUGUCGCAUUGUUAUUCCAGUUCAGCGUUAUUGUUUAAAUUCAACUUUAAAUUUUGGCAGCAAAUCUAGUAAAGAAGAAAAUAUCAAAUUAGAGCACAUUUGUCAAAAACAUUUGCAUGAUUUCAUUAAUUUGAAAUGGACAUUACCAGCUGUAGAAAUAAGUGGAAUUGCAUCUUUUAGUCAAAUUGAUAAUUGGACAGCUUCCAAAUUAGAUGCAUUAAUUGUUUCACCUCUCCAAUGGGCAGUUUUCAUUAAUAAUGAUCCUCCAGGAAUGGAAGAUUUUAGUUUUGUCAUUGGAGAACUUAUUCUAAUUUCUGUAGAUUUACAAAAUAUUUCUGACUUUACAUUAAAAUCUCUUCAUCUUUGCAUACAAGGAUAUCAGGAUUAUCAGAAUGGCUUUCAUAAUUACCAUUUGGAUACAAAGCUUGCAGUUAUCGGUAGUGAUAAGAUAUUAAUUAAUGAGAUUUUUCCUCAGAAUACUCAUCACCAUCAAUGUGGCCUUAUGUUCUUUAAUACUGGAACAUAUUUCUUAGACAUCAAAUGUAGUAGCAGUGACUAUAGAACCAAGUACAAUACUCUUUCAGAUUCUCAGAUCAAAACAGCACAAAUUACCUCAGAAUCUCACAACAAAUCCAUUUACACAUGGAAAUUUACUCCAACUAUAGAAUUAACUAUUUUAGAAGAUUAAUUUAUAAUUUAUUGAUUGUUGUUAUUGUUACUUAAUUUAUUCUUAUUAUUUUGUAAAUUUAUAUCUUUAUGGUUUAAUUUUGAGACAUUUACGUUUACAGU